AUGCAAGACGAGGUGGAGCGAGCACUGAAGAGAAGAAAGGUUUUGAGUGACCACAUCGAUCUUUCUAAAGGCGAAUCUGCCGAAUUAACCACCGAGCAUGGGCUGAAGCUUGUAGAUACGCUUAGGAGGACGGAAGACAAAAGGCAAGCAAGUUCCUUCUCCUAUGAUAUUCAUCAUUUGCGCAACUGCACCACGACCACCCUACGCUUUUCGACUAACCUCACAUACAGUGGACGACGCAUAGCUACGAGCUUUUUGACCCUCCCCGAUAGGAAACUACUCCCAGAUUACUACGAUGUCACUGAGAUGCCGAUUGCACUGGAUACAAUUGAAGAAAGGCUGCGGCGCCAUGAGUUUGAUACUCUUGAGCAACUGGAGAGCUACUUCAAGCGAAUGAUUGCGAAUGCAAAAGACUAUAAUCAGAGAGGAUCGGAGGUUUAUGAUGACUCCGAGCGACUAAGGAAGGCGUUGAGUAAUGUGAUGGUCAAGAUAAAUCCAGCAUACCAAAACCCUGGUUAUUCUGCAUACCCUACCCCUUUGCCUAGCGAUUCAAAGAGCGGUUCUAAGAGCGUCUCAAAGCCUACACCUAAGCCUGCGCCUAAGGUCACUCUCAAAGUUUCCGCACCUCCUCCUCCGAUAGUAGAUGAAGAUGCCGAGGGCGAGCUGGAUGAUGAGGACCAAACCCCUAUCAAAAGAGGAAGAGGCCGGCCUCCUAAGGAUCCCAGAGCACUACAAGCAAAGAGCGCAACUCCAUCGGAAUAUCGUUAUUCAGGAGUUGGAUUCGAGGCACUCAGCUUUCAGCAAGCCCAGGAGAAGAUCCUGGAAGAUUUGAUAACCAGAAAAGAUAAUCCAGAUGAUGAAAUUGCCUCAUUUGAAGUAUUCUUUGAUAAGCCAGACAAAAAGUUGUAUCCAGACUAUUACAAGCUCAUCAAGAACGUCGUCAGCCUCAAAUCUGUCCAAUCGAAAAUUAAAAGAUCUUCUGGGGAUAAAGAUGCGCCAACGAUCUCCGAAUUCAAGUCGUGGGGGGCUUUUGAACAUGAGAUGAAUUAUCUCUGGAACAAUGCUUGGCAGUUCAAUGAAGAUGGCAGCGAAAUUUCAACGCUCGCCACCGAACUCCAGACUGCCUUCCAGAAAUUGCUUCAGGAAGCCAAAAAAUCCAUACAUGUACAAGAACCAGCAAACAAGAUCAGGUUGAAGAUGCCAGAACCCGCGCCCAAGAUCACUCUCAAACUUGGAGGCAGACCAAGUCCUGCCGAUUCUCCUGCUCCUCAAACGAAUGGGUCAAAUGGCGCUACUCUCAACGGCGCUCCCCGAAAGAAUCCAUUUGUUGGAUCUGUGUCGGGAGCAACACCAUUGCCAAAUCUAGAUCCACUAGAGCGCGCGAAGAGCAUGUCCGAUUCCGCAGCAUCUCCUACCCCGUCAAACUCUGCUGCUGUCAAAAGCGAAGAAGUGGCUCAUAAGUCACCAGCCAUACAAACUGCGAACUAUAACAAUUAUCGCCCACUCAGCCAACCUGUCUCAACGCCUGGUCCACUAGGAAAUGGAAUGCUGCCACCGUCGACACCUGGGAUUCCUACACCGAACUUAUUCAACUCUGGUGGCUAUGCGCAGUCGUUUCAGCACCCAACUAUGUUCCAAGCCCCCAACCCCGCUGUCGACAACAAAUGGAGACCGGAAGGACAAACUGCCGAUGAUGCUAUGAUCACAAAUCUGCUCAUCUCAACCCACCCAGGCCUCAACAUCGCUCGUCAUUUUCGCAUGGAAGUAACCCCUUCAGACGUGUUGGCUCAGCAGUCUAUCACCAUCAACCUACCACCCACCCACUAUUACCUCCAGAUCAAGCCAACGAUCGCAGAUUUCCUUGUCCAACCCGAUCGACAGCAUAGGAUUUUUGUUACUGCAGGUACACAACGAUUGUUUGCGCUCCCAAUCAUACCAAACCAUCCAAUUGACCAGAGACACCCGCUAUUCGAUGCUCGUCUUCUUCCCGGAGUCAAUCGAAUCGAAAUUGAAAUCAUUGCGAACCUACCGAGGAAUUCGCCCAAGCCGGCAAAUGGAACGGAAAUGGUGAAGGAGAAGAUCACGAUAUUUGCUAACCUGCUGAAGCAAUGA